CUAAAUUUCCUUCUGUAAAUAUUUCAUUCUUCUAGCUUAAAAAAGCCCAGACUACUUUUCACUAGUUACCACUCAGUUAUUAACUGCUUACAACUGUCAAUAUGGAUCCAGAAGAUUCUUCGAGAAGUUCUGGCGAGGAAGAGGACAUAAUUUCAAAUAUUGAUGAUGCUGCUGAAGAGCAACCAAGUGCUUUCACUCACUUAACAGAUGCAAAAUCAAAUCCACUUCAAACACUGUUUAUUGAGUAUACAGAUGAUCUGCCAGAGUACCCAAGAACACAUAUACAUGGGUAUACCUAUAUUGUAUCUGUUGUUGGCCGAUUACAAGAAGCAGAACAUCUAAUACAAGAUAUACAAUACUCCCGCGCAAGUAUCCGUGGUGCCAGAGCAAGUGUCAAGUCAUCAUUUCUAAACUGUUCAGUGAAGAAAUGGAUGUGGAAAUGUUCUGGGGCUUUGAUAUGUGAAUAUUUAAAGCCAAGUCUUCGUACACUAUAUCACACUUACCUUGAUGAGACUGCAUGGGAGGAAAUCCAGAGUAUUCGAAAGAAUAUUGAUUUGAUUGAAAGGGACAUCCGAAAGCGAAAUGCAUAUAGGUGGCUAUGUUUCAACUGCCUUAUAACUAGUACGUAACUGAUUGCUAACUAAUUAUGAUUUUAUUCUAGUCUUUAUCGGUCAAAGAAGACAUUCUUUCAAAAAGGCCAUGCAUGUCUUGAGCAACUCCCAACCUGUGCACCAAGAUUUAGAAGGCACUUUUAUCCUAACGUGAACAAUGAAUACCAUCUAGACCUCGUAAGGAGUCGCGACUCGUCAGGUUCGAUUCGACUCAGAACCGCCAAGAUUCAGGGUCAGGUUCCAAGGCCUUGGAGUCGCGAUCCGACUUCA